AUGACUGGAGAUCUGGAGUCCUUCACUGACAUCGAUGACAAAUACCGCUCUCAAGUCAAAUUGGGAGACGUGAAGAAGCUAAAAGUGGAAGGAAAAGGCACAGUUGUUGUAUGGACAGAAGAAGGCAACAAAACUCUCAUUCGAGAUGUUUUGUAUGUUCCGGAGCUAACUCUCAAUCUACUUAGCGUGGGACAACUAAUGCUGAAAAAUUACAAGCUAUUGUUUGAUAAUGGCAUAUGCGAGAUUAUCAACAAAGCAGACAAUUUCAUGGUGGCCAAAGUCCCGAUGACUUUCAACAGAAUUUUCUCUCUUGCUAUGUCACAAAAUGGUGAAGUAGCAUUCAAGAGUGAAAAUCUGGAUCAAUCCUUCCUAUGGCAUCUCAAAUACGGUCAUCUCAACUUUAGAGGCCUCAAAUUGCUGAGGCAGAAAAAUAUGGUGGCGGGACUUCACCAGAUCAACAGAGACGACAAGAUCUGUGAAGGAUGCAUUUAUGGCAAAAUGCAUCGUUUACCAUUUCCAAAGACAUCUUGGAGAGCAAAAGCGCCACUGGAGUUGGUACAUGCAGACAUAUGCAGUCCAACCCGAACGCAAUCACUCAGCGGCAAAAGAUAUUUUCUACUAUUUGUAGACAACUUCACCAGAAUGAUGUGGGUAUUCUUUUUGGAGCAAAAGUCAAGAGCUUUUCCAAAGUUCCUUCAAUUCCAAGCCGUAGCUGAGAAGGAAAUCAGCCAUCAAAUCAAAACUCUCCGUACAGAUCGUGGAGGAGAAUUUAUUUAUACUCCGUUCAUGGAGAAUUGCCGCAACAACGGAAUCAAACGGCAGUUGACGGUCCGUUACACACCACAACAAAAUGGCGUGGCAGAACGAAAAAACCGUACGAUUGUGGAGAUGGCGAGAAGUAUGCUCAAAGCUAAGAAGCUUCCCAACAACUUGUGGGCAGAAGCGGUCAAUACAACAAUUCACAUCCUCAACAGAUCACCAACCAAAGCAGUUCGGAACAAGACACCGAUACAUGCGUGGCACCACAGGAGGCCACAGGUGGAUCACCUCAAAGUCUUUGGGUGA